AUUCGUUGUUUAAGGCGCAGUCAUAUUCUGAUCUUGUAGUCAGUGGUAUAUAUUUUACGACAGAAGUUUGGUGAUAAAAUUUCGGAAAGAGACUUUAUGAUCUAUUGGAAGAAACUACCGGUAUCGUGUCAAAAAGCGGACACUGCUCGGAAAGGUCGCCAUUUGACGAAACAUUAUCAAGGAACUAGAUAAGAAUUGUAAACUGUAAGUUGAAACCUUUGUGUGUCAAAAUAUAGCUGUAAUGAAGCCUAUCUUGUAUUUACUGGUAUUUUGCGCCAUUUUUGAAACAUUUUCCUGCUUAGAUGAAAAGGAUGAUAAAGUAAUUCUCAGUCAUAUGCAAGAUUGGGGAAAAGAGGUAUUCAAAACAUUGACAGGAAAGAAUGGGACUUAUGAUAAGGGACAAUACCUAGUCGCAGCAGUGUUGUCUGAUGACGACUUGAAUACACCAAAUAGGAUGCCAGGCAGAUUGCUAAAAGGAUGUCCUAAUGACGGUCCAGAUCACGAUAAACAAAUGAUAAUGUGCUCCAUAAGUGGGGUAUUUCUUAACAGAGAAAGUGAAGACAUUUGGCGCAAAAGUCGCUGGAGUGGAGACGAAACAUAUAGAGAUCAUGAAUGGCAUGGAGAGUAUAUAUUGUUAAAUGAAGGUUAUAUACAACAACUUGUCGAAAAUUUUGAAGGGAAUCAAUGUCAGGUGUACCUAUACUCGUAUUAUAUCCCUUGUGCUGACAUAAAGGGCUGUCCAUACUGGUGCUCCGAUGAAAUUCUUAAGUAUAACAAUAGAGAUGAUAUAUCAUGUAGGAUAACUGUUAUCGGUUACACGGAGGUGUUCAGACGUUCAAACACGACACGGACAAACGAGCAAUUCGCGGUAAAUAACAUUGAAUCAGCUCGGGCACAGUUGUUUAAAAAUGUUAAAAAAGUAAAAACAAAAGCAAUUAGAGAUGUUAAGGAUAGAAAUCGAAAUGUACCUUUUCAAGAAUUAAUGUUUUUAUGCCUAAAUGAAUCACCGAUAUCGGCUUGUUGUGUAAACCUCCCCGGAACUUCGUCGAGCAGUAGCGAGGAACUCAUUGCAUAUUACGUAAAUAAAAUGGUAUUUAAGGCAAUAAACGUGAUAAAAUCUGAUCUAACGGCAAAAACAAAACGUGAUGAUUAUUUGACUUACUUUUAUCAUUUCAUUGAUAAAACGAUUUCAAGAGAUUGCAGUGUAUGUCCUUAUGAAAGGUAUCACAAGCUUGUCAUGAAAUUCUGCACAAAAACAGCAAUUGAAUUAGCAAGUGGAUUUGGAGAGCCCUCAGAAUCAGGGGAUUUGUCGCAUUCAUCUUGGACUUUCACUGGAAAUCGUUGGAACAAUCUUUAUCGUGUAUCACCCGAGGAAUUUAGAAAAACCAAGAUGUUGUUAUGUGCUAACAGACCUAUGUCAGUUGAUUCCAUGUGUACGAGACUUGAUUACGAGGAAGAACAGGAUGAAAUGAUGGAUUUCUCUGACUCCGACACGUUCCUAUGA